AGGACCGUUUUUUAAAACCUUUCAGCAUAUUGCUUGAAUGAUGAUAUAGAAUUAUAUCAAACAAUUGGCAUUGCUAUUACUUCUUUGCCUCUGCAUUAUUAUACAUGCAUUCUUACAGUUGUUUUGUUUUCUUGUAAAAGGGUCAUAAAGAGUGGCUUGCAGAAGUUCAAUUUCUCAGCAUUGUUAAUCACCCAAAUUUGGUUAAGCUUUUGGGAUAUUGCUCUGUAGAUGGAGAAAGAGGAAUCCAACGGCUGUUGGUGUACGAGUACAUGCCAAACAGGAGUUUGGAAAACCACCUUUUCAGUAAAACUUUACCUGUCCUUCCAUGGAAAACAAGAUUGGAGAUCAUGCUCGGUGCUGCUCAAGGGUUGGCUUAUCUACAUGAAGGGUUGGAGAUACAGGUGAUCUACCGAGAUUUCAAAUCUUCAAAUGUUCUAUUGGACGAGGAUUUUGACCCGAAGCUCUCAGAUUUUGGGCUUGCAAGGGAAGGGCCACAAGGGGAUCAAACUCAUGUAUCUACUGCGGUAGUAGGGACACAAGGAUAUGCUGCGCCAGAGUAUAUCGAAACAGGUCAUCUCAAAGUCCAGAGUGACAUGUGGAGUUUCGGAGUCGUACUCUACGAGAUCCUCACAGGGAGAAGAUCAUUGGAAAGGAACCGUCCGACAGCUGAACAAAAGCUAUUAGAUUGGGUAAAACAGUAUCCUGCCGACAGUAGCAGAUUCAACAUGAUAAUGGACCCACGUCUUAGGAACCAAUAUCCGAAUGUUGCAGCGCGUAAAAUAGCAAAGUUGGCCGAUAGUUGCUUGAAGAAGAAUCCAGAAGACAGACCUUCUAUGAGUCAAAUAGUGGAAGGGUUGAAAGAAGCAUUGCAAUAUUCAGAAAUGUCAAAUACUUCUCAUGAUAAUGCCGAAUCUUCUCGGUCAAAAUUGGUUCGGAAAGGUCAAUAGAACUUCAUAUUUUUUUAAUUUUUUUUAGGACCAGAGAACUUGUCAGUUAAACAUGAGUUGAAUUAGAAGUGUUCUGGUCAAUCUUGAAAGUGAGGGUGAUUUUACUUUUCAGCGGUUUGGGCUUUCUUGCUUGUUUGGCCUAGCUCAACAAAUUUAUGUUGUUACUUAUACUUUGUCAACCAUUGGCUUUUAAUUUUUU